AUUAGUCAAGAUAACACUUUUCAGAUACUGGAGAGAUAAAGAAUUGUAUUACAAUUACAUCAAAAUACCGCCAAGUUCACAAAUUUAAUUCCGCGAAAUGAAAAUUUUCUAAUAUAUCUCUUGUCAUUUAUCUUGAUUCUACUUACAUUAAACACAUUGAAACAUAUGGUAAGGAAAGUUUCACCGAGGUUAUUGCGACGUAUAUUUAUUAUUAAAAGAUUAAAUGACAAGGUCGAUCACACAGAUAUUAUUGAGAACGAUUAAUUAUGCAUACAAAUUAAUAAUAAUGUUUUUAUUCAUUUUUCUUAAUUUUCGUACAGCACUAUUUUUAUGUUACUCCAAUGUUAUGCACAAUCUGUAUGAAGAGACACAGAGGUUACAAUGCAAACAAGAUUGUCCCUGUUACAAAUAUUGUUAAUUCUAUGUAUCUUUCAGAAAGAGUGCACUGCAAUCACGUGUUAUCAGUGUAGCAGCAGAAAGGAUGAGGACUGUACCGUCAACAAAGUGCAUUCGAAAUAUCUCAAACUGUGUCCGUCAAGUCACCUCUAUUGUCGCAAAGCAGUUUACGUGUAUUACGUGUUUAAAUGCUACAUGUGCACUUCACUGACGAACGAGGGUUGCGACUACGCUAUGUCAGCGACUUCCUCGUUACAUCCGGUGGAGUGCACUAAAAACAACAUGAUACAUUGGCAGAGAAUCAUUCUGCAAAACAAGCAACUCAAUCCGUUUGCGAAAAUUUUCGACGCCGACAUGCCAAACUAUACCUAUCAUCAGAACAUACCUCUAGCUUGUGCCAAAGUCAUUCUUAACGUUGAAAAUCAAGAAAAGCCUGUGACCAUAAGAACAUGUCAAACAGCUAAAACUGAAAAUAUUGAUCCAUGUAAAACAAUAAACCAAAAAUUAAAAGAGAAUUCCCUGGGCAUAAUGGAGCAAUGUUCCCUCUGUGUUAAGGACGCUUGCAACGACUCAAUAGUUUUGUCUUCUGAAAUAAUUUAUAUUCUUGCAACACUUCUCGGGAUCCUCAUGCAUGUUGCUUUUUAUUCUUGGGCGUAACCUUUAUCAUUGUGU